ACCUCCAUAUAAGUUGUGUACUUCCUUACUCAACUUCAUUCUAGCAAAACAAAAACCUCUGAUUUCUUUAUCAUACAUUCACAUAGCAUAUACAAUGUCGCUUUACAGAUCUCAGGAUCCUCGUCUUCAUGCUAUCAAAAAUAGGAUUCGUGUUGUCCCCGAUUUCCCCAAACCUGGUAUCAUGUUCCAAGACAUUACUACUCUGUUGCUGGAUCCCAAAGCCUUUAAGGACACAAUAGAUUUGUUCGUUGAGCGAUACAAAGGCAAAAAUAUUUCUAUUGUUGCAGGAAUUGAAGCUAGAGGUUUUAUUUUUGGUCCUCCUAUUGCAUUGGCAAUAGGAGCAAAAUUUGUACCAUUGAGAAAACCAAAAAAGUUGCCUGGCAAAGUUAUUUCUCAGGAGUACAUUUUGGAAUAUGGAAGGGACUGUCUUGAGAUGCACGUUGGAGGCGUUGAACACGGCGAACGCGCUUUAGUAGUUGAUGAUUUGGUUGCUACUGGUGGAACACUUUGUGCUGCUAUGGACUUACUAGAACGUGUGGGAGCAGAAAUAGUUGAGUGUGCAUGUGUAAUUGAAUUACCAGAAUUAAAGGGUCGUGAACGGUUGAAUGGGAAACCCUUGUUUGUGUUAGUCGAAUGUUUUGAGUGCUAAGAUGAAAAUGAAUGAUUCGUCACACUCACUACAUUGGUGCUUUCUCAAAUUUGAAUUGAAUUUGAUUCAGGUCCCUCAUUUUUAAUUUUAAUGUUCAAUGCAUUAAAAAGAAUGCGUGUUAAGGCAAAGACAUGUGUGUUGUUGGAAGUAACAAACCAACAAAUCACUUUGAUCAAACUAGUGAAUUUGUAUGACUCACUCUUCAUUUGCAUGCUCUAAAGUUUGAUUAAUCGACGAGUACUAUUUGGAUGAGUUUUGCUAUUA